UACUCUCUUUCUCUCUCUCUCUCUCCCCCCUUCUCCGUCUGCGUUGUGCUGCGCGAGCCCCCGGAGGCGAGGCGACUCCGCGUCGCCUUCCCCCCCGAGCGCGCGGCCGGCGAGAAGGGCGGGAGGCGCGGGCGGCGAGGUGCUCCUCUUCUCUCUCUGUGUCUCUCGUCGGCGACCUCGCGCGGUAGCCUCCUCUCCGGUGGUGGUCGCGCGCGCGCGGACGGUCGACGAGGGAGGUUUGGAGGGUGGGGGCGCGACUCGGGGUUGAAUUCGCUCGAGCUGACUCACUCCAGAGGGUUUUAUAGUUUCAAGCACAACGCUGCUCAAGAUGCCAGCACUGAGGAUGAAGAGGAACUUUGACGAUGAUGUUUUUAGGGAUGAGUUUGAUUCCAAACCCACAAAAUCUAUGAAGAUCUCACAUUUUCAAGUCAGCGAACUAGAGCAGUCAGCUGUGUUGAACUUGCCUUAUAAAGAUCCCCACGAUGUUCUCUUGAACAGGAACUGUGUGUGCCUAAUGUUGCAUUCGGAAGCUAUUUUUUAUAGAGCUGGAUUUGACAACUCAGUUAGCUGGCCAGGACAUUAUGAUCAUGGAAGCUGCUAGUUUGGAUGAUGCUCUUGGAGGAGCAUCUUUGCUCAAGGAUUUAAUAUCUGAGGUGGCAGUUUCACCAAAUAUGGAGAAUGAUAUGUUAGUUAAUUAUGAAGACAUCAGAUCUCAGUUAAAUGUAGUAAAUUAUUUUGACAAAGAUGAAGAUGCAAAUUCUGCAUCAUAUAAUAGCUGUACCGUUAAUUGUCAUGAAGAAAGCUGGGGCUCGAAUGAGGGUUGCAGUCUGUUGGACAUUUAUAAUCCUGAUGAUGCUUUCUCUUUCCUAUUGGAUACGCCCUCUGAGUUUCUGGGUAGUUUUACUGCAUUAUAUGAUGAAGUUGUACCAAUUGAUUCAUUGGUGAAUAUAAGUGGCCGAUGUGGAGUAUUCCCACUUACUGAGAGCACUACAGAAGCCAGUAUUGGUAAUGAGCCAUGCAGAUCUGAGGGGGAUAUGCUAUUUAGUAACUCAGAGGUGUUAGAGUGGCUCAAUCCACAUCUGGCUGAGGAGGAUUUGCCUAAUCUCGUUGAUUUUACUGAGCUGAACUCACAUGCUGUAUCAAAGGAGCAAGGGGCCAGGAAGGUCACUCUUGUACUUGAUUUGGACGAAACCCUUGUUCAUUCGACCACAGAGCAGUGUGAUGACUAUGACUUUACCUUUCCAGUGUUCUUUGAUAUGAAGGAGCAUAUGGUUUAUGUGAGGAAGAGACCACAUCUCCACAUGUUCCUCCAAAAAAUGGCUGAGAUGUUUGAGGUUGUUAUAUUCACAGCCAGCCAAAGUGUUUAUGCAGAUCAGCUGCUUGACAUCUUGGAUCCAGAGAAAAAACUGUUCUCUAGGCGUUAUUUCCGGGAGUCAUGUGUAUUUACAAACACUAGCUACACGAAGGAUCUGACAGUUGUUGGAGUUGACCUUGCUAAAGUUGUCAUAAUUGACAACACUCCGCAGGUUUUCCAGUUGCAAGUGAAUAAUGGUAUACCCAUAGAGAGUUGGUUUAGCGACGACUCUGAUGAGGCAUUACCUCAGCUGAUUCCGUUCCUGGAGACCCUUGCUUCUGCGGAUGAUGUCCGACCCAUAAUUGCCAAGAAGUUUGGCGACAAAAAGGAUAUUGCUGAGAUUUUCCAAUAAAUGUUAGGGAUAGCUUUUUGUUUACUCAGAUAGAGGAACAGAAACUUAAUUAACAUGUUAACCGGGCUUGUUGACCUUUUUCUUUUCCUUUUUUACAGUGGGUGGUUUUCAUAGGAUUAAGAAUUUUGGUGUUAGAGCUAGUUGUGAAUUGUACAUAUCCUCGUAUUUCUUAAACAGUUCUGUACAUAGUAUGCUGCCGGAAAUGAAAGUGAACUUCACAAA